CCUUUCUGCAUCCAGAUGCAAAAUGUUUGACUUCAACCAACUGUACCUUGUACUAUCCAAGACAGUCAUGUCAUGGUCAUCCCUUCAGAGGCUCAUCCCAUUUACUACUACCAACUGGACUGAGUGGCCAAUGACCUCUGAGUCAGUGUAGGUGACAUGGCAUGGUGUGUCUUGUCAGUCAAUGCAGUGGGCCUUGCAGCAUAUGCACACUUUCAUCUUUCCAGAGCAGAGGCCAACUGACAGUGAUUUUCUGAGGCCAUUGCUGGUGUUGUGCCAGAUCCUAUUGAGGCUAUUCCUCAGGGGACCCCAGAAAUGUGCUCUCAGCCUUAUUGUUUGUGCUAACUCAGUGCCUGUUGCCAUCUUUCCCAACAAGGACAAAGCAUGUUCUGUAUUGCUUUCAAAGGCAGAGGUGUUGCAUCAGUCUCUCAGUGUGGAUAGAGGCACAGAGUUUUUUUCAUCACAAUUGAUGCACAGCUGGGUGAGCUCUUCAUUCUCCGGUCUUUUAGUCAUCUUACCAGCUGUCUCUCUAAAGUAUGCUCUACUGAUCCGUCUCAUCCAGUACUCUUUUUACUUCUUCCACCAGUCUCCAAAGUCCAAAAAGAGUUCUUCUGAGCCGUUUCUUGCAAUAAAUCGUUGUCAUACUACACCCAAUCGACUUCCCCACCUGUAUUGAACCCAGGCAGGCAGUUCUAUACCGCGGACGGCUGUAUUUAUCAUGAAUGUGACUUGGAAUUCAUGGAUUCAUUCCACAUCUUCGAAGAGUCAGUCCUACAGGCAAUU